AUUCCACUUCUCUCUUCUCCAACGCGUCUUCUUUUUACACAGCGACAAUGGCAUCAAACAACAACACCAGCAACCUCCCCCGCGUCAUUCUCGGAACAAUGACUUUUGGGCUUGAGGACUCAACUAGCGAGGCCUCCGUCGUGCGCGUUAGAGGUGUUGAUAACGUGAAGCCCUUCCUGGAGACCUUUCAUGCCCAUGGCUACAUCGAGAUUGACACUGCGAGGAUUUACUGCAACGGCGACACUGAAAAGGUUCUGAGCCAGCUUCCGACGGCUCACUUCAAGAUCUCAACAAAGGUCUACCCCAUUACCCCCGGCGCACACGACGCGGUUGAGCUUCCCAAGCAAUUCCGUCGGUCACUGGAGGCGUUGAAUGCUAAAAAGGUCGACAUCCUGUACUUGCACGCACCGGAUUUCGCAACACCCUUCGAGGUUACCAUCAAGGCUGUGAAUGAACUCUACCGCGAAGGACUCUUUGAACGCUUCGGUUUGUCUAACUAUGCCUCAUGGCAGGUCGCCCUCAUCCAUGAGCUCUGCAAGCAGAAUGACUAUGUCCUUCCCACGGUCUACCAGGGCAUGUACAACCCAAUCGCUCGAUCGGUUGUCCCAGAGCUGCUUCCUUGCCUGAAGCACUUCAACAUUGGAUUCUAUGCCUAUAACCCUGUUGGGGGUGGUCUACUGACUGGCAAGUACAAGUUCGAUCAGGAUAAAGUCGAAGAAGGAAGUCGCUACGAUCCAAAGACCGGAUUCGGUAAAUUCUUCCGUGAGCGCUACUGGAACAAUUUGAACUUUGAAGGCGUGCAAAUCUUGGACAAGGCCGCCAAGGAGAACAAACUGACCUUGUUGGAAGCGACCCUGCGCUGGAUGCGACACCAUUCCGGACUCGAGGCUAAGGACGGUAUCAUUCUGGGAGCCUCAUCCGUUAAGCAUCUGGAGGAGAACUUGGCGGAUCUGGAGAAGGGACCCCUGCCUCAGGCCAUGCUAGAUGCGUUUGAUCGUGCAUGGGAGCAUGUCAAGCCGACCAGCCAAUCUUAUUACAAUCCUUCUACGAGCCGCCUCCGCUUCAAACUCGAGAACACCGACUAGGGUAGCUGAAAUGCAGACAAAAUGUACUUAGGAGCGGGUGAUUGCUCAAGCUGCUAUUUAAAUACUCUUACUCGUUAUCAAUUGUACUCGGCUUUCUUUUUUUGAUGCUACG